CAAAACGGCAGCAGAGCAAACUCUCUCAUGCUCUGCUGCUUUAUCAAAUGAAAAUACAGGUUAUUUUUCAUUUUUUUAACCCUACAGAUUUUGGCAACUGGACUUUAAGGAGGUCGGUGACAAUUUUUCACCGUCAAACUUCGCAGCCACGUUUCUGCUGCCCCGGUUGAAGGAAGGAGAUGAUCAGUAUCCUGCUGCUUGCUGACCUGAUAACCUCUGUCUGUGCAGGAGAAUUACAGGUGAAUGUGAGCCAGGCUGUCUAUCAGGCAGAGGAGAACAGUAACAUCACCAUGGACUGGACCUUCACUCCCAUCAUCCCCCUCACUGACCUCAGCAUCUAUAUCUCAUUAUGGGUAUCUGAAUAUAAGCCCUUGACGACUAUAUAUUAUCUGAGAGACGGUGUUGAGAACACAGACUUUCAAGAUGAGCAGUUCACAGGACGAGUUCAGUUGGACAAAGACGAGCUGAGAAAAGGAAACAUCAGACUUCAUCUAUCCAGCCUGAGGAUCAACGACUCAGGCAGCUACUGGUGUCAAAUGUCCACCAGAGAUGAAGUUGGCAUCACUGAAUCUUCACUCAACGUCACUGCGGCGACACGUUUACCAGAGGAGCCAAAACCCACAGAAGGUGGAGGGACUGCUCUCGUUGGAUCAGUGACACCAGCUCAAGCAGUUCUUGCUCCUGUAGUAUUUGUAGUAGCAGCAGCAUUAGUUUGGCAAUUCUGUCGUCUUGGAAGUCCAGACCAGCAAGAAACUGACACCACUGAGAUGUCUGUCCAGCAGAGUGGAGAAGAAACUACCUCUGAACUCCAGUCUGCUGGGAACUGUAGGCCUUAUCACACCUUAAUUCCUUAGCCCUGUGCUCCAGUAAGCCCAGUUCUAAAAUACAACUGCUCCCUUUGGGAAAGAUCAGCACUCAGAAGCACUUUGAAUGGUAGAUGAACAUUUAAAUGACUGCAAAAUGAAAAAUGACUGUAAACCUCCCUCAUGUCAAACUUUGAUGUAUCUUUGAUGAUCUUUGUGAGAAUUUAAGAUGUUUUGAUGCGUUAUAUCAUGUGAACUUAAUACACAUUAAAAUGUAAACUAGGAUUCAGAAGAUACAUAUCACAUGAAUUUUGAUAUGCAAUGUCUUUUUUUGUUUGUUUUUUAUGCACAAUGUUGACUUAAGAUAAUAUUUGAUAGAUUCAAAAAUUGUGCUUAAUCUAUCUGAUAUGGAUUUAAAGUUUACUGAUGAUUGGUUUUAUACAAUUCAGGAAUAAAUGUCAGUAGUUAUGCAAUAAUUUACACUUGUCAGACUUGACAGCAAUAAUUCAACAGAACAAUAUCCAUGUGAAGGCCUGUAUGUGUAAGUAUAUUUUUUCAUAUGUUCAGUUUCUCAUUUUUGUAUUUAUUGUUGCAAUAUUUUGUAAGACUGAUGCACUCAUUGAUACUUGAUACAUAUUGAUAUUGAUAAAUACUUUUGAGUUUCUCAGGCAGAUGAUUUUAUAUUGUUGAAAUUCUUUCUAUUUUCUUAUAAUUUAAUUAUUUUCUCUGGAAUCUGAACAACUGCAGCUGGAUUGCCCCUCAGAUCAAUAAAG